AUGACCGUCAGUGUGCUGCCUGCAGGGUCGCCCGAGGAUGACCCCUCCUCUCCAGUUGUUCGAACGCGAGAACCUCUGUGGCGGGUUCGGCACCUGCGGCCGCUGCGACCUCUUUCGCAGUUCUGCAGACCACCCCCGGUCACCGUGAAAUCCUCGGAGGCACUGCCCCUGCGGCAUCUGCGGCAUGAGGGCAGCCGGGGCAGCCAGUAUUUGGCAUUUGGGGAUGCCCUGCGGUUGAUGCUGCCUCCGUUGGAGGACGGCUGCCUCGCAGCGGCGCUCUGCGCUUGCGUCCGCCCAAAGAUGGCGGGCGAUGUUGGGCCGCGGGAGAUUAUCCCCACAGAUGCAGAGCGCGAAGAGCUGCGGCUCGCGGAGGACUUGGCUGCAUCCGGCCGCAGAGCAAAAGACUUCGUGGCAGUGACGGCAGCCAGGGUUUCAGAUCCCGAGGCUGUGGUGCGUCGCAGCGCCUGGCGAGUGUUUCGAUGUAGUGAGCUGGAUGGCUUUCCUGCCUCAACACGUGUGCACUACGGCCAGCACCUGCAGUUUGGGUUGCCGUCCGUUGAUGAUGCCAGCUCCGAGAUCUUGCUUAGCUGUGAGCCCCCGAGCAGGAGCGGUGGCAUUGGGGCUCCGUACCUGAUCCUCGGCCGCUUUGUGGAUUUUGGCUACGUUUGUCAUGGCCGAAGGAGUUGGAACACAGCCUUCACCCUGGUGCCAACGCUAUCUUCAGCUGGAGCGUACGGAGAUCCGGUUGACCUGCGAUGUGGUAUGCGCAUCGUACCUAUUGCGCCCUUCUCCUACUUGCAUGGCCCGCGGCUCAUGCAGGCAGUCUUCGGCGGGCUCAGCAACCCAGUCGGGCGCGGAUGCGUUGCUCGUUGCGCUGCCGUUGGAAAGGACGGGAGAGAACUGCUCCUCCACGCGUCCUCCCCAGGAGGCGAGCCCCCGGACGUCGGCUGGGUGCUGGAGCGCUUGAGCUUGACGGAGGGGUCACCCCAGGCCGCAGCUACGACAGGGGUAGACACCACCUUCGCGCAGUGGCAGGCUUUGAGGGCUGCGAUCCUAAAGCGCAUCCGGCGACGUGGGGAGGCUCUGGCCUUCAGCAUUUUCCGGAAGAUCCUCUCCAAGGACUGCUUAGUCUUGGAUGGCCCGAUCUCCACAAGCCAUCUGCCCGCGGCGGAUGGUGCUGUGGCCUUGGCCGAACGCACCUUGGUGGGCGAGUCCUGCGUCUUGACAACUCUGCGUUGCGGCUACGGCGUGCAGCUGGGUGAAGCUGACAUGCAGCUGAUAACAAGGCAUUUCCGGCCGUCUGGUUCAGAGUCCGUUUGGCCUGAGCCCGUCAUCGACAUCAAUGCUCUUGCUGAUGCGCUUCGAGGAGAGACCUCGCCGGGCAGGUCCCGGACAGUGCAGCAGCUGUACUCGCUGCUACAGAAGCAGGCUGGCCUGAAGCCCACCGACAGCCUGUCUGUGGCCUGGGUGCGUGCGCGCGUUGAGUCCAUGGAGGUGAGUGGCCAGCUGUUCCCCGCCGAGGACCUCAUGGCCUCCCUGCCGUUGGUCCGAAGCCACGCGGGCAUCACCCGCCUGGGUUUCGUGCGCUGGCAAAUGGAUGCACUGGCGCUGGUUCCCUCCCACGAGAGCUUGCUUGAGUUUCUGCAUCAGAUGUGGGGCGAUGUGGUCCUGAGCCUGGGGACGGAAGAAGAGAAGUUCAACUGGAGCCUGUCGCUGCCAAGGGGUGAGAUGAUCGGUUAG